AAAAGGAGAUAUUUAGCAUUUACAUACAAAGUCAAACCAACGCGACUGGGUCACAAAGGGGGUCAGCACUAUUUUCAACUUGAAACUUCACCACAUUUUGAAAUUCAGCACAAAAAUAGAGGAAAUCCACUGGCCGAAUGUUUGCACACUAUUUCCAACCAAGCCUAGAAGCUGGGAAAUACUCUUCAAGUAUUAAAGAUGUUAGAUCGAGGCUUUGGGGGAAAAAAAGUGCAUUUUCCUGCAGUAAGGGCUUUGCUACUGUAAGUAAUAAAAAUGCAAGAGAAUUUUCUAGUGCUGCUGCACCGGUAUGCAAAAAGCUGAGAUAGAUUUCUCAAACUGAGUGGAAAAAAACCUCUUUGCAAGCAGAAGCUCUACACAGAAAACAGCCCCACACAUCCAUUUUUGUACCGACUGUGAAACAAAAGGCCCACAGCAGAAUGGGGCAGCUUUAUUGCAGUGACCCUUGCCUGCAAGAAGACAUGGCGGCCUGACAGAAAUGUUUUAUUACUCUUAAUCCACUCAUUAUAAGCCCCAUUUACACAAGUCUGACUUAGAAGCGGGAAAGCACAUUUUGCUUGACCUUCUGUGUGAGCUAUGAGCACUGGGACAAAGGCUGAGAUUGAUAAGCUCUGAACGGAACGGUAUUUUUCAUCCACUUUUCUAGAUUUAUUUUUCAUAGAUUAAAACCACCGCAUAAAAUCACGGACACGAGACAGCUUCUCAAUCCCUAUCGCGAGGUUUUUAAACGGCAGAGCCGCGCAGCCUUGCAAGCAUCCCCGUUCCUGGGACAGCACUGGGGACGGCCGCGUCCCAGACAGGGGACAGCCUCCGGGCCACGGAGCCAAAGCAAUGCUUCACUCCCGCGGCUUCUGCCCGAUGCCGGAGCGCUGCGACGCAAAACAGCACAGCUCAGAGCGGAACAGAAGGACGCGUUUUUUUUCAAGAAUCCGCCGCUUUGAAGCGUGACUCAUUGCCUUUCAGCGUGCGACGCGGCAGCGCAGCAUGUCUGCCACCCUCGCAGUGACAGCAGCUCUUCCCCAUCCCCUCCCCCAACGAGGAACUCAGCCCCGCUUCCUUCCUGGGAGCCCGCUGGUUGUUGUCGCUGUUUCCUCUGCCGACGAAGCCCUCACCCCUAUCCGCGCUCCAUCCGCCCGCCCUGAGCGGCUCGCACCGGGGGCUCGAGGCGGCCGAGCGCGGCACACCGCCCGCAACGCAAUCAGGGCUCCCCGUUCACCCCUUGCGGGCGGCGCCUCCCUGCGUCCGUCGCAGCCGCGCAGAGGCGGAAGCGGCGGCGGCGCCGAGGCCGGGCGGCGGCAGCGGCGGCGGCGGGAGGUGCUGAAGAUGGCAGGUAGCUCGGCUCCUUGGAUCGGCAGUGCUUACCUCUUCCUCCAGUCAACGUGCAAGACUAUCAUUCUGCCAAAUCUCUAUGAAAGCGCCCAGAAGAAGCCCUGCGUGUUCAAGGCACUGAAGCUGGCAUUAGCAGACUCCACCGGCAGCGUGAAUGGUGUGGACAUGCUCAAAGUGCACUGCAGCCACCCACACCUGAUAGUCCAGCUCAAAUUCUGCAAGCAGGAGAACUGCCGCCGCUUCCUGCAGAGUUACCGGGAAGGAUUGCUGCAGAAGUCCCUCCAGAACCACCUCCAGCUCUCCUUGGCCAUGACCACGGUGCCUCUAGAAAUGGAGCUGAAGGCUGGCAAUGAGCACCUGGACAACAUGCUGAAGGAUGAGGAUCGCUGCCUGGAGUGCAUAUACAGAGAAAAGCCUGACCGCCUGCGGGACGAGGAGAUCACAGAGCUGGAGGAACGGCUCAAGAGCCUGAUUCUUCACCAGAACAUCAACAACAACAUGCCUUCCAAGGACUGCAUGUCACUGAACUCCCCUUCUCUACCUUCUCAAGGCAGCUCCCUUUCCCCACAAGUCACAUUUCUUUUUCAGGGACAGCAGUUUGACAACAGAACGCUCACACCAGAUGACCACCAGAAAUUUGCCAAGCUUGUGUCCAAGAAGUGGAAGCAAGUGGGUCGCUCCUUGCAGAAGAACUGCCGGGCCCUGCAAGAUCCUGUCAUUGAUAACCUGGCCCACGAAUACGACAGAGACGGACUUUAUGAACAAGCCUAUCAGAUGCUUCUUCGAUUUAUCCAGUCGGAGGGGAAGAAGGCAACGAUAGCACGACUGAUUGCAGCCCUGGAAGAAAAUGGUCUCACCAGCUUGUCUGAGGAGCUCUUGGGCCUCCAUUCUAAUGAGGAUGACUCCUAGAGCCCAAAGGGUGGUGGCAUUGCUGAGGGCUUUCUUGCUUUAGUUAGUGUAUGAGACUGCUGCCAGCGUCUGGGAAUGUAAUGCCUUGAAAAUCACUGCAGGUUUAUGUGCUGAAGGGAGUGCCCUGGGCAGUUUCUGUGCUCCCAGAAGCCAACAUGGGGCUCUGAUGUUCCUUAUUUCUUUCUGUUUCCAGAAGUCGAUGUUACUUUCCUGUGAACCACUAAGACAGCCUGACUUCCUUCAGGACUGAAAUGUCACAGAGAAGCAGCCAGGCAAGUUAACGAGCCCUGGGGAAGGUGGGAAGAGGUGAAAAGCAAGGAAGGCAUCUCAGAGAAUUCCCCUGGGAAGCAAAGCCAGUGUUUCUCAGAUGUGGCCCAGGGGCCAUCACCUGGAGAACUGCAAUAUAUUGUCUCAUAUUGACAUGUAUGCCUUCGGGCUUGAAACUAUGUAAAGACGAAGGAAAAGUCAAGUUUAUAAUGUUUUCUUUCUUCUUCAAAUGAGGACCAUCUGCAGCAAGUACACCUGUCCUGCUCUACCCCGGUGUAGUUCCUUCCCACAUCUUACCACGUCCCACUGCCUUUACCAAGGGCAGUCAUCAUCUUCCACAGGGCACAAGAUUGCUGCUGUAGAAGACUUCAGGCACUGAACAAACAGUGUGGAUAAGCACAAAUUCAGAGCUCUUUCAGGACUAUGGUGUACAAUAAUGUAUUGACUGCCUCACGUCUAGCACUUCUCCCAGCCUGGAGGAGUUUGUGAAAGGAAAAACACAGUGCUGCAAGAAUAAUAUACAGCCUUAGAGUCAGCAAAUUGCCUACAGGUCACUGAUUGAACCUGCUGCUGUAUGGUGCAUUGCAGCAUCAAAUACCAGCCAGACCCCGCCGAGCAAGCCUCUCCAACCAGCUGGCUGCCAGUGCCUUCGCUCAACCUGUCCUUGGCCUGCUGAGUUCACCAGGGAUGUGUCAGGAUCUGCACAGAGCCUUUCCAAUGACAGCAGUGUUGUUGCUGUGUGACACUUGGGCAUCAGAUCCCAUGCCUGGACCUACCUGCCUUGCUUUUGAGGGCAAAAUAUUGCUUACAAGAGAAAGUACCUAAAACUCAGGGCUGAUUCCUGCUUUCAGUUCCAGUGGGACAGGCCUGCUGUCUCUUGGUGUGUUGAUGCAGGCUGCAACAGAGCAGAGCUUAUACCUUUACCUAUACCAAAGCACAGAGCAACAAGUUUCUAGCACAGCACAGGUCCCAUGAAGCACAACAACCAGUUUUGACAUAUUCCUUAUUUUUUACUGAUACUUUUUUACUUAGGUGUUAAUUCUCUUCCUCUUUGACCUUCUCAUCCAUGGGCAGG